GGCGGAUGUAGCGGAGCCGGAGAAGAAAAGAAGGAAAGUAGAAGAGCACACUGACAAGUUAGUGUUGAAUGAAUGUAGCAGCCCUGGUUUCUGCUUGUGUGAGAAUGGCUGUUGAUGGUGGGUAUGGGGACACUGGAGACUGGGAAGGUCGCUGGAAUCAUGUGAAGAAGUUCCUUGAGCGUGCAGGCCCGUUCACACAUCCUGACUUUGAACCAAGUACUGAAUCACUCCAGUUUCUGCUAGAGACCUGCAAAGUCCUUGUUAUUGGUGCAGGUGGUUUGGGAUGUGAGCUCCUUAAAAAUCUGGGUCUAAUGGGCUUCAGACAAAUUGAUGUCAUUGAUAUGGACACAAUAGAUGUUUCUAAUCUGAACAGACAGUUUUUAUUUAGACCAAAAGACGUAGGAAGGCCAAAAGCUGAAGUCGCUGCUGAAUUCAUUAAUGGUCGAAUACCUGGUUGUAAUGUGGUUCCCCAUUUUAAAAGGAUACAAGACUUCAAUGAAACAUUUUACAGGCAAUUUCACAUUAUUAUUAGUGGAUUAGAUUCUAUCAUUGCACGGCGAUGGAUCAAUGGAAUGUUGAUAUCCCUGCUGAACUUUGAAGACGGAACUCUAGACCCAAGCUCCAUUAUUCCACUGAUUGAUGGUGGGACUGAAGGAUUUAAGGGUAAUGCACGUGUGAUACUUCCAGGAAUGACAGCAUGUAUAGAAUGUACAUUGGAAUUAUACCCUCCUCAGAUAAACUUUCCUAUGUGUACUAUUGCUUCAAUGCCUAGACUUCCAGAGCAUUGUAUUGAAUAUGUUAGAGUCCUACAAUGGCCCAAAGAAAACCCUUUUGGAGAGGGCAUAGUAUUAGAUGGUGAUGAUCCAGAACAUAUUCAGUGGGUUUUCCUGAAAUCACUUGAAAGAGCUGCUCAGUUCAACAUUACAGGUGUCACAUACAGACUUACACAAGGUGUUGUCAAGAGAAUUAUCCCUGCAGUAGCAUCAACAAAUGCUGUAAUUGCAGCUGUAUGUGCGACGGAAGUCUUCAAAAUUGCUUCAAGUGCAUAUAUUCCUCUGAAUAACUACUUGGUCUUCAAUGACGUUGAUGGGCUUUACACAUACACAUUUGAAGCAGAGCGGAAGGAAAAUUGUCCAGCCUGCAGCCAGGUUCCUCAGGAUUUACAGUUUUCGCCAUCUGCAAAACUUCAAGAACUGCUUGAUUACUUAACUCAAAAUGCUUCAUUGCAAAUGAAGUCCCCAGCUAUUACUGCAACUUUGGAUGGAAAAAAUAAAACACUUUAUUUACAGACAGUAUCAUCAAUUGAAGAAAGAACACGACCAAAUCUAUCAAAAACACUAAAAGAGCUUGGCCUUACGAAUGGACAAGAGCUGGCAGUGGCUGAUGUAACCACACCCCAAACAGUGCUGUUCAAACUCCAUUUUACACCUUGACUUUUUUUUUGCAAACUUUGAAUAGUUCAAUUGUACAGAAGUUCAUUUUGGAAAGUUAUUUGUUUUUCUUCAGUGUACCUUGUCAUUCUGGAAUGGACUUGGAUUUGAGUUUGAAUAUAUUCACUAGUAUCACAUCAGACCCAUAAAUGAAAGUUUAAUUUGUGUAUAGUUUAAAUGUGACAAAAUAUGAAUUGUCAAUUUAAAGUUAUUGUAAUGACAUUGAGUGUAGAGACUGACUCUUGUUCUUUUUCACUUCACAUAGAAUAGCCCCAAAGUAUUGUUUCAAUUUUAUAUUAAGAAAAUGAGGGAUAAAUUUUGUUUAAAAAUGUGUACAGCUUUUUGUCAAUUUUUCAGAAUUUCUUUUUUGUAGUUUAGGUUUUGUACAUAUUUAUUGACAUGGGGUGUUAAUCAAAGUACUCAGUAAGCCACUUAAACGUUGUCCCUAAUUAAUUAUUUUAAAGUAAUAUCUAAUUGGCCUACGAAUAAACAUGAAGUUCAGGAUAAAGUCAUAGGCCAAUUAAGUUCCACUUUUGGUUUCUAUGUGCUUUUAAAAGAUGUUCGAUAAUUGAUGGAUUGUGGCUUUAGUAAAAUUCCAAACCAUAAGCUGUUAAAACAAAUGUUUUUAAAGUUUAAAAAAUGUAAAUUAUCUUUCAUCCUGCUACACUCAAAGUUUGUGAAUUUCUCUAAUAAAGUAAAUACUCUUAGGGUUGUAAACUAGAGUCUGCAUUAAAUGUGUAAAUUCUGAAAGAUACCUAAAAUAUUCUCAUUUGUAAUAUGUUUGAACAAUGCUUUAAAAAGAUGAGAUGGGUUUAUUCAUCAUGAAGCUCUGGUGUAUCCAAAGUCUUUGAGACAUUUUUCACAUAGCAGCAAGUCUGAAAUACUGGUGGGUAGGAUAUAAUAGUGUGAUAUUUUUGCUGAGUUUGUGGUUCUUUGAGUGUGGACUCAAACUAAUAAAAUAGAUUGAACUGUUAAAAAACGUACUGGUGCACAGGCAUGUGGAGCCAAGAUGCAUGACAGAAGGAGGAAGCUGAACAUUGCAAGUGACCGCCUGGCUCAUAGAAAUAAAGAAAGGGUACAGCAUAGAAUGAAACAUAAAAGAUUUUUUAAAUGACAUCUGUUGAGACCUGAAUGAGAGUGUUGUGCUGAAUGUUGGACACCUCUUGUAGUAAAAUUUUUUAAAGUUCCAACUUGAAAAUAUUUAUUGUAAUUGUAUAUAAGUUGGGCAGUGGUGAAUAUCAAGUUGUGACACUGGAAAGCAUCUUAUUAAAA